AUCCUCUCCCCCCAAAACCCUACAAAACCCUAAUCAAUAAAGAGGGAAAGGCGAAGCCACGGCAGCUCCAGAAGCUCCUUCAAUGGCGGAAGAGCAGCAGCCGAGCGUAGGCAGAGCCUUCCCUGUUAAACCAAAGCUCAAACCCCCAUCGAAGAAAUCCAGUUCAACUCCAGAAGAAUCCAAGUACUGGAAAUCCUUCAAACCCCACCCCACACAAGCCCUAAUCUCCUCCAUUACCUCUCUCUCUUUCUCCCCCUCCUCUCCUCACGACUUCGCUGCCACCCACUCCGCCACUGUCACCAUCUUCUCCGCCCAGACCCUCGAACCCAAGUCCACCAUCUCCGGCUUCUCCGACACCACCACCUCCGCCUCCUUCCGCUCCGACGGCCGCCUCCUUGCCGCUGGCUCUUACUCGGGUGUGGUCCAGGUCUUCGACGUCAAGUCCCGCACCUCCCUCCGUCACCUCCGCGGACACUCCCGCCCCGUCCACCUUGUCCGCUACCCCCGUCACGACAAGCUUCACCUCUUCACUGGCGGUGAUGACGCUGUCGUCAAGUAUUGGGACGUCGUGUCCGGAACAAGCUACCUUGAACUUCUUGGUCACAAAGAUUACGUUCGCUGCGGCGAUGGUUCGCCGGCGAGGGACGACAUGUUCGUUACUGGAUCAUACGAUCAUUCAAUUAGGGUUUGGGAUGUUAGGGUUUCGAGUGGUAGCUCAGUGAUGGAGCUCAACCAUGGAAAGCCCGUAGAGGACGUAGUUUUCUUGCCGUCCGGAGGGUUAAUUGCAACGGCUGGUGCGAGUUCUGUGAAGAUUUGGGAUGUGAUUGGUGGCGGGAAGUUACUGUAUUCAAUGGAGAGUCACAACAAGACGGUGACUUCGAUUUGCGUCGGGAAGAUCGGCAAGGACAGUGGCGAGGAGGCUCAGCAGUAUCGCAUUUUAAGUGUUUCUUUGGAUGGGUAUAUGAAAGUUUUCGAUUAUGCAAAGUUCAAAAUUACUCAUUCCAUGCGGUUUCCUUCCCCGCUUUUAUCGGUUGGAUUCUCUCCUGAUUGCUCCACGAGAGUUAUCGGUACUUCAAAUGGGAUUAUAUAUGCUGGAAGAAGGAAAAUGAAGGAGAAUGUUGGAUUGGGGCUGAGGGACCCUGGAGUAUUGGGUCCUAUUGGGGAACCUCCGAAACGGGUCUUGAGGCCCUCGUAUUUUAGAUACUUUCAUCGAGGCCAAAAUGAAAAGCCUUCGGAGGGGGAUUUCUUGAUAAUGAGGCCAAAGAAGGUGAAAUUGGCUGAGCAUGACAAGCUGUUGAAGAAGUUUAGGCAUAAGGAAGCUUUGGUCUCGGCAUUAAGGUGCAAGAAUCCGGAGAGUGUGGUGGCUGUUAUGGAGGAAUUGGUGGCAAGGAAGAAGUUGUUGAGAUGUGUUUCGAAUUUAGAGACAGAGGAACUUGGUUUGUUGUUGGGAUUUUUGGCGAGGUACUCAACAAUGCCAAGAUAUGCAGGCUUGUUGAUGAGGUUGGCUCUGAAAGUUCUUGAAAUGCGGGCUGAAGAUGUUAGGAAUUCUGAUUUAUUAAAGAGCCAUAUUAGAAACCUGAAGAGAUCGGUUGAAGAGGAGAUAAGGAUACAACAGUCAUUGCAGGAGAUACAGGGCAUAAUUUCUCCCUUACUGAGGAUUGCUGGGAGAAGAUAGGUGAGAAGAGUUUCCUGAUACUUGAUGGUAUUCUUCUUCUUCCUUUUUUCUCUUGAAAAAAGAAAAUCUCCUUGGGUAUUUUCAAGAUAGGAUAUGCUAUGCAGUUUUGUUUUGUCAGGAUCUAAUGUCUCUUUGUGUAAUUUUUGUAGUCUGCUUCCAAGUUAAGGCCGCUGCACGCCUUAUUUUUGUUUAUUCUAAUUUAGAUUCCAUUCCCUAAAUAAAAAACAUUUGCAGAGUGGAUUUCUUA